AUGGCCGACAUCGCUGCACCCCCCAUGGCCGUGGACUCGACAGGCAUGCCCCCGGUCAUCGCCCCUGCCCCCGUCGCCGCCCCUCCCGACCUCGCUGCACUCGCGCCCGCCGCCCCGGCAGAGGAGACGGCGACGGAGACGCUGUACAUCCAGAACCUGAACGAGAAGAUCAAGCUGCCGGUGCUCAAGGCGUCGCUCCGCGGGCUCUUCAAGAGCUACGGGGAGGUGCUCGACGUCGUCGCGCACUCGAACCUGCGCAUGCGCGGGCAGGCGUUCGUGUCGUUCGAGAGCCCCGAGAUCGCGAAGAAGGCGCUGAAGGAGGUCAGGGGGUUCCCGCUGUACUCGCGGCCGAUGCAAAUAUCGUUCGCAAAGACACGGUCGGACGCGGUGGUGCAGAAGCUGGACGAGGACGGGCUGGAGACGCACAAGGCGAGGAGAUUGGAGCACAAGAAGGCGACCCGCUACACGAACCCCAUCAAGCGGAAAUACCGCCAGAAGCGUCUCGCCGCAGACGCCGAUGGUGCCGGUGCGGUUCCCACCGCGAAGCGGCCAAACGUCCAGAUGCCGGACGAGUACCUGCCGCCGAACAAAAUCCUGUUCUUGCAGAACCUGCCCGAGACGGUCACCAAAGACCAGCUCAUGGGCCUCUUCUCGCAGUACCCCAACCUCCACGAAGUCCGUCUCAUCCCGACGAAGAAGGACAUCGCCUUCGUCGAGUAUUUGGACGAGGGCAGCGCGACGGUGGCCAAGGACGCGUUGCACAACUACAAGCUCGAUGGCGAGAACAAGAUCAAAAUCACUUUCGCAAGGAAGUAA